UUCUCAGUUAUUUUUUGGCAUGCAGAAAAUGGCGUCGACGACUGCGUCCAGCAAACAGCCGAGCCUUCCGUUCCAGCCUGCACCAAACCCGCACAUGCAGCAACAGCAGCACAGCCAGCAGCCACAGCAGGGCGUAUUCCCAGCAGCCAUGAACGGACCGAGUGUGCUGACGUCGUCCGCAUGGAAGUUUGCAGGCAAUACUGGUGGCGGGCUGUCCAUGUCGAUGCCCUUCCAGUGCAGCCAAGGCAUGAGCCAAGGCAUGAGCCAAGGCAUGGGCAUGGGCAUGGGCAUGGGCAUGGGCAUGGGCAUGGGCAACAGCGGCAUGAGCUCAACCCCUGGCGAGGGACUGUUUGGAUCAACACCGUUCACGACCGAAGAGCGCGAGCGCAUCGCCCUGCAGCUCGAGCAGUACCUCGGACCCGAGUUUGUGCAGUUCCGCAGUCAGACCAACACCGUUCAAGUUGCGUACAUUGACGGGCAGAGUGUGACAAAGCUCCUCAACGAGAUCUUUGGAUUCAAUGGCUGGGCUUAUCGCAUCGAGUCGAUGGGCAUUGACUAUUGCGAUGAGCUCAAGACAGGUGAAAAGAAAAACUACUAUGUUGGCACGUACGCCAUUGCCACGAUUUUCUUAAAAGACGGGACGUAUCGCCAGGACAUUGGCUAUGGUACUGCAGAAAACCAGCCAACAAAGAAAGCGGCCAUCGAAAAGGCUCGCAAGUCUGCCGUCACAGAUUCCCUGAAGCGCACUGCAAAGUCUUUUGGAAACGUGCUUGGACUGUGUCUCUCUGACAAGGGCUUUUUGCGGUUUGCCGAAAAGCAAGCCAAGGAGCGUGUGUCAAUGGACUAUAACAACCUGCGACGCCCCGGGAAUGUAGCGCAAAAGAAUCCGCCUGCUCCACAGGCUCCCCCUGCAUCUGCAUCGUCGUCCCUUCCAUCACACAAGCCAUCCGCGUUUGCGUCUUCCUCUCUGCAACAGGGCGUGGCAACGCCGUCGGCGACACGAAUGAGAAUGGAAGACGGCACGGCACAAGCCACGCGAGUGGUGGAUGCAACCACGCCUGCUUCCAGCGCAGACCUUCGGCACAAGCCCAUAUCGCCCCCAAAAAGCCCCACCCGUGAUCAGUCUACCACUGCUGCUGCAGCUGUGCCUUCGUGCACAACGAGCGUCGUUGCUGCCAGCGUUGUCCGACCAGUCACGCAGCCUGCGAUUGUUUCCAUGUCAAACACGAAUUCUCGCAGCCCACCUUUGCCCUCGCAGUCGCAGCCUAGUCAGCCUGGGCGAGAGUGUGUGCCAGAAGACGAUUUCGAGACGGAUGAUUGCGAUUUUGACGAUUUCGACAUGCCCAACCUCCCGCCGAGCCCUGCCCGUCCGCACGGAACUUUGAAUCAGCAACAAGUGCAUGCGCCAGCCCACUCGGCUGCAAUGGGAAGUGCUGCAGCAGCAGCGUCGGCGAAGCACUCUGGAGGUUCCACCGCUCCAGCACAAACAUCCCUGUCUGCCACCUUGGCCGACUUGCCAGGGCUGUAAAAAGCAGUCUGCACCCUCCAUUUGUUGGAUGGUCCUUUUUUUGCAUGGGGGUUUGUACGUGGUACUGUCGAUGAUUUGCUGUAAUUUAUAAAUUAACCAUCAAUCGCGCUGA